AUGCACUGUAGGUAUGCAUGGGGGGUUCCUCUUGGCCGCCAGGAGCAAGCUCCCAACGUUACACCCAAGCACCGCGGUGAGGUGGGAACCAUCGCUCGGGACCCUGUUGGAGGGGGAGACAGAACACAAAAGGAUACUGGAUACUGCCCAGGGGCAGAUUCUUCAUCCCCUUCACAGCACCAGCAGCAGCACGCGGGAGGGAGGGAGGAGCAACGGAGGCAGCAGCUGCUUCAUCCCCUUCACAGCUGCUUCAUCCCCUUCACAGCAGCUUCAUCCCCUUCACAGCCGCUUCAUCCCCUUCACAGCUUCUUCAUCCCCUUCACAGCACCAGCAGCAGUACGCGGAGGGAGGUACGAGCGAGGGAGGCAGCAGCUGCUUCAUCCCCUUCACAGCAGCUUCAUCCCCUUCACAGCAGCUUCAUCCCCUUCACAGCACCAGCAAGCGGCACGCGGGAGGGAGGUAGGAGCGAGGGAGGCAGCUGCUGCUUCAUCCCCUUCACAGCUGCUUCGUCCCCUUCACAGCUGCUUCAUCCCCUUCACAGCUACUGGUAGCACCACUCCCCCUCCACUGCAGCACCACUCCCCCUCCACUGCAGCACCACUCCCCCUCCACAGGAGCACCACUCCCCCUCCACUGCAGCACCACUACCCCUCCAGUGCAGCACCACUUGACCACUUCACAGCACCAGCAGCAGCACAUGCGAGGGAGGUAGGAGUGAGGCAGCACAAGGCAGCAAAAGCAGCUGCCAGUCGUCCCCUCUGCUCCUCUGCAGUAGCACACGGGAGGGAGGCAGCAUCAUUUUCUCCCACUGCUGCUCCUCUGCUCCUCUGCAGUGGCACACGGGAAGGGAGGCCUUCUCUUCUGCUGACUCUACUGCCACUGCUGGUGCCACAGUUUGCAUUCCCUUCUGCCACUGCGGGCCUCCCUUCUGCUCCCACUGCUGCUGCCACCGCUGGUCCCACUGCGGGCCUCUCUUCUGCUCGCUGUCCUAUCACUUCACAGCACCAGCAGCAGCACGUAAGAGGGAGGUAG